AUGAGGAAUGCGAGGAGCAAAAGAGAUCCUAAUAGGUAUUGUAAAUUCCAUAAGGAUAUUGGGCAUAUGACCGAAGAAUGUCGCCAAUUGAAAGAUGAGAUAGAAAGUCUCAUUGCUAGAGGUCAUUUUAAACAGUACGUGAAAAGACAGGGCCAUGGAUACAACCAGCCCAGUCUGCCCAAUAACCCAAACAACCAAGGGUUACAACCUCUUCCUGCUGAAGGAGAGGACAUCCUGGUUAUUUCCAAAGGGCCACAUAUGGCAGGGGAAAUUAAUAAUGCCCAGAAAAGAUAUGUGAAAGAGAUAAAGAACGAGCAGUCGGCAUUCGCCCCAGUUACUUCCAAGAAGGUGAAGACCGAAGAACCUCCCAUUAUAUUCACGGAGGAAGAUGAGAAAAAUGUGAGGUAUCCUCACAUCGAUCCAUUGGUGAUUACCAUUCAACUCGCCAACAAAAGGAUCAAGAGAGUGUUAAUAGAUAAUGGGAACUCGGUAAAUAUCCUUUAUAAGGAGAAUCUAUGGAAGAUGGGGCUCCAAAAAACCAAAUUAAGGCCUUGUAUGGUGAAUCUUUACGGAUUCACUGGAGAUAGCAUUGCCACACUGAUCGGGCUAGGGGCAAUCAGUUCGAUCAAGCAGGUAUCCUUAAAAUUCCAAACACCAGAAGGUGUGGGAGUGGUGCGUGAUGACCAGAUGCUGGAUCGUAAUUGGUACUGCAUUGAGCUGCAGCAUAGGAAAGCCGGUCACAAGUUGAUGGCGAUCUUGGCAGAAGAAAAUGAAAAGAAAGAAGAAGAUCUUGACCCUUGA